UGAGCCUUAAGGACCAUUUUCGUUCUCUUUUUCAAUUUUUGCCAAUUUUCUCAGCAGUCAUUUUACUGUAUUCAAUUUCCAGUUUCGCCCAGAAUCUAGCAGCAAAUUUUGGGAGUAAUUUUUCUUGAAAAUGAAUAUUUCAACUACCGAAGUUGAAGACGAUGAUUGGGCGCAAUGGGCUCGUCCUUUCCUGGAGAUAGAAUCCCCCGACAUCUUCGCCCUUCGGCUCGUUUUCUUCCUCUGGGUCACUCUAAACGCCAUCCUCGGCAUACCUGGAAACAUACUCGUGAUCGUGAGUGUCUUGACGACCGAGAAGUUGCGACAACUGGCCAAUAUAUUUGCCGUCAACUUGGCUAUAACGGAUUUGGGGGUGAUGGUACUAUCGUUCGUGGUCCAGAUUGGGAUUUGGAGGGGUCAGCAGUUCUUCGAAGACCACCCUAUGUUCUGUGAGGUGUCGGGGGUGUUGUGCAACCUCAGCUGCUAUGCCAGUCUGUGGACUAUAAUGGCCAUAGCUAUCAACAGAUGCAAUCCUCCAAGAAGCAAAAAAAGUCUUGAGUAA